CUUAACUCCAAAGAGCCUCACUGCAAACCCCGCGUGUUCUGAGCAAGCCAUUCUAUGUCUAAGAAUGAGCGGGCUCAGUCCAGAUACUCCGGAUGAGCUCGCCGCUUCUUUGGGCGUAAGAUAUCCCUCUCCUGCGCGUGCGAGAACGAAUGUCGCACUUCGCAGACGCGAUCUUGUCCCAACCCCUCUGGCGCCACGAUCGCCGAAUUUGUCCCCUCGAAAACAGGAAAAUCUAAAUUUGGAUGUUACCUCAUCGCUCCUACGUCGAACCUCGCCUUCCAAGUCUAUGUUCUUUGAUCCGGAUCCCGAGCAGGAUGUUGCAGAGAGUCCAUGGCGUAUCAAGGUUACGGUUCAGGCAGAACCACGUCACGGUUCUUCCGUGUCGAAAUCUCCUGCUCCUCGGAUCAGAACUGUACGUGUCCCACUCAAGGAUGCUGACGUAUCUCCUGCGGGUCAAAAAUCUGCGGUUGGAAGGAAGCGGAAAUCUGAAGCAAACUCUGCCGUCAAAAACAGAAAGGGAACUCCCAUGAAGAGGCGAUCAACUAGGCUUUCAAAUGGGCUCAAGCAGGACGACAGUAUACAUGAGGAAGACACACCAAUCGAAUUGUCAAAGGCCCUGAAACGGCGAAGAGGCAGACCAAGGAAGGAUAUGCCUCCGAAGGAGCUUAACAUUGCCCAAGGACAACAGCAUGAACUCCCAUCUGAAGUUGAUACGGAGCCCAUGCAGCGAUCAUCACCAGAUCUGAUACGUGAUCGAGUUAUCAAGAUGAGUCAAGACCAAAAGAAAGUCAGACAAGGAAAUCAGCAGGAGCACGAAGAUGCUAUUCACGUUGACAAUUUCGAGGAUGAUGCACAUGCGAACGGGCAGCUGCUUUUGGUGAAUAUUGAUCUAAAGAAUAAUGGAGAACAAAAAGAAAUGCAAGCGAAAGAGGCCCGUAUCCGGAAGACUACUCCUGUCACAGAACAAAAUCUUAAUCAGAAAUCAUUCGAUUUCACGUCACUAACACCGCUACACUUGAAGCACCCUCUUCCUCCCACACAAAAGGAGCAGACUUCGGUACGUCAACAUAUCUCUGGAAAGAAUGCACAUAAUGGAGCGUCCAACGACCCUCUGGACCGCUGGAAGCAUCGUUUCACACCGCUUCCACAACGUGACUCGCCUGGAAAGUCAUUACUGCCGCAAAGCAAUCCCAGUUCAACGCCGACUUCAGAAAGUGAUGCUUCUAUGUGGCGCAGCAUGAUUUCUGGUCAACAUCGCAAAAGCCCACAUCGGGUCAUAUCAUCAACGAACCAGAUAGCAACGGCUUUUGAGCAACCUGAGUUUGGGGGUGAUUAUGAGGAAGAGAUGCCCGAAAACAACACGCAAAUAAUGGGUGAUACGACAAUGAUGCAAAGUGAAGACUUCAGUAUGGUUUCUCUCAGUUCACUCCCCAGUGCCAAAGAUAUUCAUAGCAGCAUUUUUGAGCAAAGUGAGAGAGCGACAACAGGCAAAACCUCAUCAGCAGAGCAGUCAAGACUUGCGAAAGUCAUAGCAUUUUCACCUCCACUUAGUCAGGUUAUUCAGUCACAAACAACACACCAGAUGGCCGAAGGAGCGGUCGAAUUCAUUGGCGCAGAUUCUAAGAAUCCACAGGCCACAAAAGACGCCUCGCCAGAGUCCGAUUUGCGCCCAGAGACUCAGCACAAGUCUUCGCUAUCUUACCACUUCAACCCUAUCAUUGAUGGUAGUAGACUGACACACGCUUCCGAUAAUCCUUCCCUGAGGCAAGACCUGCGUACCACAGGAUCAGGCAAACCUCCCCAGCAAAGGCCUGACAACGGAGAUAAUCGCUUUCCGACUCCUAGUUCGGGUGAGAAGCUAUCACCAACGCCUGAGUAUCCUGGUAUGAACGCUUGGUCCGACGUCAUUUACCCAGAGCUAGUCAACUCGGAACAUCAUGGGAAGAUCCAAGAUACGCCGACGAAGAGCGAAGCUGAUAUGAGUACCCCUCCUGCAACUCCACAGACUGAUAAGUCGCCAAAUGCCAGCGGCCAGCGAGAGAUGAGACCCUCAUCAUCGAGCUCAAGGAGAUCGUUAAUUAGUGGGUUGAAAUCCUCUCGAAUAAUUUCUUUGGAGAGAAAAUGGCAGGAGGAGCGUGAUAAUGUCAAACGUACUCUGGCUUCGGCAAAAGGAGACGUUGUGCAUGUCGAAAGUGAUGCGGAAUCAACAGCUGGAGAUGGCGCAUACACGCCUGCAAUAAAUGAACUUUCGCCAAGUGUUCUUUCAAUUCAGAACGAGACUGCGGAUAUAUGGCAGGACAUCAGUGCAUCAUAUGAGGAGCCACCUAAUAUCGUGUCAAAGCGCAAAUAUCGUUCAGCAGAGUCGAGACUGGCGAUUCUGGAGCGUCCGUCAAAGGCCGCUCGUACUGCACAGAGGCAGAACGCUUCUUCAUUGAAAUCGGUAGAAGAUGGAGAGGCACUUUUCACGCCCAAAAAAUCCUUUAACACUGAAGAAGGUAUUAGUAGUGUUCAUCGCCGCGCCAAAACAAAAUCCGACAUAUCCGCAAUCUUCGAUCGCUUGGGCAACCGGAACCAGAGCGAUGAGCGUGUCAAGCAAUCCGUUCAAGCACCGACGGUAGAGGCGAGUCGAAUGAGUCAAUCAUAUGAUGUUUCACGAGUUGAUACAACGGAUAUUUCUGCGCUCUCUGAUGUUCGCCAACUACACAACGAGGCGAUGCAAGCCAGAAGACAGCCCCCGUUUCCUUUGAUGCAGCGGGGUACGACCACGACAGUGCCAACGAAGCUAAAGUCGGUUGAUGAUACAUGGACUACUAAAGCCGAUGAGGACCUACUGAAGACAACCGAGCUGGACGCCAGUGGCCGAGUUAUUGAGGAACAACAAUCCGUCACCUCUUUCACGGGUUUGCGUCGACCGGCUCGUUCACUUUUCAGACACAGUUCUGAUAGACGAGGUGCAGAUUCGUCAGCCAAUUCAAGCGAUGUGCUGCUGCAGCAGUCUAAUCAAGCUUCGGCAGCCUCAUCGUCGAUUUCAGUCCGCGGUAUAUUCUCCUUCAUCUGGAAUGCAGUUACGUUCUCGCAACCUUACACUCCUCCCCCACGUCCCGACCAUCCUAUCCUCUCUGGUCGCUCCGCGGCUUUUCCACAACUUCCGCGCAUCCAACCUUGGUCUCUUGCACAUUGGCAAACACUGGACAACUUGUACCAAUACUACAAACGCAAACCCCAUCACUUUUCUCCCUCACGCUCAGCACAUCCUGACAACAGAAAUGUCAUCACGCCAACCUGGAAAAAGUUUGUGGGCGUAAUUUUCGAUCAUUGGGGAUACCGAGUUAAACUUGAGGAUAGCCAUAUUGUUCUCGCUAUUUUGUUCAUGCAGCUGCUCGUUUUACCCAGCGAGAAAGAGUACAUCAGCAUGUACGGAAAAACAUUAGAAGUGACGUGCGACUGCGCGUAUCGAUGCGGAAGGAUUACAGAGUGGGAUGUGCUGGUGAAACUCUUCGCUGUUGUAGCGGGAGAGCUGAUUCGGGAAGACGAGAAUGAGGGCAGACGUGUGAGACGCGACUUGACGCAAUUUCGAUACAGGCUUGCUGGGCAGCAUUGGAAAGAUAUGACAGACACGAUUCCGGAACUGUGAGCUUUGCUGUUGUAGCGGUGAUACCCUAAUUGUACUCUUGGCCCAAAUGACAGUUGAAAUGAAUUGGUUUCUGCGAUGUUCAAA